UCUCCUGACGUCAGGCUCCGCCCCGGGGACGCGCGCACUCUGUCCAGACGCCAGGAAAAGGGGGUGAAGAAGAUGGCGGAUGUGGAGGAACAGUUGUCCGAGGAAGAGAAGGUACGUGUAGCAGCGAAGUUCAUUGUCCAUGCUCCACCAGGAGAGUUUAAUGAAGUUUUUAAUGAUGUUCGGUUCCUGCUAAACAAUGAUAACUUGCUUAGGGAAGGUGCUGCCCAUGCAUUUGCGCAGUACAACUUGGAUCAAUUUACUCCGGUUAAAAUCGAAGGCUAUGAAGAUCAGGCAUUAAUAACAGAGCAUGGUGAUCUUGGAAACGGAAGGUUUUUGGAUCCAAGAAAUAAAAUUUCCUUCAAGUUUGAUCACCUAAGAAAAGAGGCAAGUGAUAUCCGGCCCUCUGAAGGAGAAAAUGCAAUAGAAUCGUGGAGGAAUGCUGUAGAUACUGCGGUGAGAUCCUACGUUAAAGAUCAUUACCCCAACGGAGUUUGCACUGUUUAUGGCAAAACAAUCGAUGGGCAACAAACCAUAAUUGCGUGUAUAGAGAGUCAUCAGUUUCAAGCAAAAAAUUUUUGGAAUGGCCGUUGGAGAUCAGAGUGGAAGUUUACAAUUACACCAUCAACUACGAAAGUGGCUGGCAUUUUAAAAAUUCAGGUUCAUUAUUAUGAAGAUGGAAAUGUCCAACUAGUAAGCCAUAAAGAUGUAGAAGAGUCUCUAACUGUGUCUAAUGAAGUCCAGACUGCUAAAGAGUUCAUUAAAAUUGUAGAAGAUGCGGAGAACGAGUAUCAGACCGCAAUCAGUGAGAACUACCAGACUAUGUCGGACACUACAUUCAAAGCCUUACGCAGGCAGCUGCCGGUUACACGCACAAAGAUCGACUGGAACAAGAUUCUUAGUUACAAAAUAGGAAAAGAAAUGCAGAAUGCCUAAAGUGAACAUUGCAUGACUGGAUCAUUUUAGUGUAUGUGCAUACAAAUAAAAAUGAUUGCAAAAGUAUUUGGAGCUUCCAGGUUGCCUGGUCAGCACGGCCUUUUGCUAUGUUAAAAAUAUAGAAAAAAAGGUAUCGCUGUAAUGAAACUAACUGAGUUAUAGCACAAGAUCCCUACUGGCUUUCUCUCCUCUGGUUUAUGUUGUGAUUUUUUUUUUUUUUUUUUUUUAGCGGGCGGUUGGUACAUUUGCUAUGUUUUUAAUUAUUUUUCUUCCAAGAUGCGUUUUUGUUUUUUUAGGAGAGGAGCAGUGAUAUCUGUAACUAUAUACUUAAUCUUGUGGUAAUGCAGAAACUAGGGGUAGCCUACAAUACAGGAUUUCCGUUUGUAGUUUUAUACCCCUUAGUGCCAUCCUGUAAACUGCAGAGAAGGUGUUAGUGCAUCGGUUGUAAACAUUUGCUGACUUCUCUCCCAAUCAUUUAUAUAAAACACACACAGGCAGUUUUGACUGUAUGGAAUUCCAUUGAAAGGUAAUUAUUAUUCUAGUUCAGUCUAAAAGUGCAAGGCCGACUUCUAAUGUUUUGGGACUUGAUUAAAUCGUAGAUUGCUUGAAUAUGUUAAAUGCUUUGUUCCUGUGAUGGCUAUUUAAAUUUGCUUGCAAUCCAUCAGACCUUAACUUCUCUUUAUUAUACAACCACCUAUGUAUUAUAACAAAAUAAAUUGUAAUAUAUACAUAUAUACACAAAUACAUACACUGGUGUAUCUAUAUAUUAUUAUAGGUAUAUCUGUGCUCAUUAUCAUGUCUGUUUUACUUUUUCGCUGCAGUUGGAAUGUACUGCUAUUCAAUGUGUCAUUAAAAAUGCAAAUUUUCUAUUUC